AUGGCUCCGGAGUGGCCCAAGAUCCGCGCUUUUAACUUGAAGGCAGCGGAGGAAGAGGAACGGCGCCAUCGGGAAGAAGAAUUCGCUCAGUUCUUCCUAGAGAACAAAUUCGAGGACAUUUACAAAGCCAUCAACAAAGUUUGGCUUCUGGAUGCCAAGAAAGAGACCGCCGACAGUCUCGAGUUCGUUGUUUAUGCUGCCACCAUACACGACAGCAAGUCGCUCGGCCGAGACCGACUGGAAACGGCGUGCCGAAGUAUCCGCCAUCAUAUCGAAAUCGCGCUCCUGGUGUUACGACCACCAACGGAGCAACGGGCAAUCGUCUUCGAUAUAGCGCCAGGCAGUAUCGUCACUUUGAGAGGCCCGCCCUCUGGAUCGCGAGUUAUGUUACCAUCCCCACACGCGUCAGUGCCGCACAAAGCCAACUGGCGGUCAAUCGACCUGUCGACCUCCGUCAUGCAAGGGGUUCCCAAAGACCUCAACCACGAGCUCGCCCUUCUGCAGUACAGGAUCGGGCGAUACGACAUGUCCAUUACGUUUGGUGCCCUCCUCCUCAGGGACAUCCGCAAUGAGUCCGCAACGCUCGCUGAUGUCGGGACGAGAUGCGACGCCCUGAACGGGCAGCAAAGGAUAAUCACCUCAUUUUCCGACAACCAGGCCCGCGAGUUGGCGAGGUUGCAACACGCGGCCGCCGCCCACCUGGUUCAAACGCACAAGGACGACGUUGCUGAUACACACCUGAGCUUUGACCGGAGGAAUGACGCGGCUCGAGCGCAUGAACGCGGCGCGAUUGAGCGGAUAUGCAACGAGACACUUGAGAAGAUGAAGCGUUUCGCCGAGCAGAAGUUUUCGUACAACGAGUUCAUGCACGAGCGGGCAGAGAUCAAGAUUGAGCGCCGAGUGAGUGCUGAAUUCGAUAAGCGCCUCCAACCGCACAAAGCCCACGAGUCGGAACUCCGUGAGCAGAUCUAUAAGCUCGUCGACGCGAAGUACGACGAUAUCGAUUCCACGAUGGUUACCUUAUGCAACACUGCCUUCGCAGACGGCGAGCGGAUCGGUCGCGACAUCGGCUUCAAAGCCGGCUUCCGUAUGAAGAGGACCCUGGAGGAGCUUGAGCUCUCAGGCGGAAACGUCCCCAUCAGCGUCUGCGAGCCUUGGGUCCAGGAUGCUGUCGACGAGGCCGCCGCUAUGAGCCUCGAGGCGACCCGCACGAAGCCCAAUCCUAUGCCGACAACCUACGACCAAGCAUGUGCCAUCCUCAAGAAGGAUAUCGUCAAGCAAAGAUUGUGCAUCAACGCUUUGGUCAAGUCGUUGUUGACAUCCAACCUGGCCAUGCGCCUCUUGGCAAUCUCCCUGUCGAUAGCCAAGUUGACGACGAAAGGCCUAAUGACCAUGACGAUCUUCUUUUGA